UAUUCUCGGUGCAGUUUAGGGUCGGAAUGAGGCUGUCGCUGCUGCUCCGCCAGGGCUUUGACUUCUCCGGCCGGGAGGUGGCUCACUGGUUCCCGGGGCACAUGGCCAGAGGUCUCAAACAGAUGAAGGCCAGACUCCGGAGCGUCGAUUGUAUAAUGGAAGUCCAUGAUGCCAGAAUCCCUUUGUCUGGACGGAACCCCAUUUUCCGGGAGAGUUUGGGAGUGAAACCUCAUCUGCUCGUACUCAACAAAAUGGACCUGGCGGAUCUCGCCCGGCAAAACGAGGUCUAUGGACAGCUGAAGAAACAAGGAGUAGAGAAGAUCAUUUACACCGACUGCACCAAGGACGAGAACGUUAGGCAGAUUGUGCCAGCAAUCACAGAGCUGAUUGGAUCGGGACCCAGGUUCCAGAGAACAGAGAACCUAGAGUCCUCCAUUUUGGUUGUUGGCGUCCCCAAUGUGGGAAAAUCGUCCCUGAUAAACUCUUUGCGAAGGCUCCAUCUUAAGAAAGGUAAAGCUUCCCGAGUUGGGGCAGAGCCAGGGAUCACCCGCGCCGUCCUUUCCAGAAUUCAGGUGUCAGAGGAGCCUCUCCUGUACCUCCUGGACACGCCCGGUGUUUUGUCCCCCCGCAUUGAGUCCGUUGAGGCAGGGAUGAAGCUUGCAUUAUGUGGUACAAUUCUUGACCAUUUGGUUGGAGAAGACAUAAUGGCUGAUUAUCUUCUCUACACACUAAACAAACAUGAGCAGUACAGGUACGUUGAAAAGUACAGCCUGGACGGCCCGUGCCCUGACGUUGAGACUCUACUUAAAAGGAUAGCCCUGAAAUUAGGCAAGACCCAGAAGGUGAAGGCCAUCACUGGGGUUGGUGACGUGACUAUGACCGUGCCGAAUUACCACGCGGCCGCUUACGACUUCAUACGAUCGUUCCGAAGAGGUGAACUUGGAAGAGUGACUCUGGACUGAAAUAAUGGCCGGGCGUCUCUAACGCGAGAAGACGACUCGACUACCAAGAUGGUCCUCUGUCUGCACCAUUGUCUUCCAGG